UCUCGACUGGUAGAUACUCUACGAGGCCGUGACCGGCGCGUUAACGCACGCGAGAGAACAUGGACUGGAUAACGCUGCGCGGAACCCGGCGGUUGUCAAGUUUAUGGAGAUGGCUGAGGACAUCCAAAACACACUCCCCGAGCUCGACACCACCGAGAUUCAGGACCGCAUCUACCUCCUGGACAUCAUCAGCGUCGUCAUGGACAGGAAACGCCGCAUGCAAAAACAGUGCAAACUAACCGACAUCAUCCCCUCCUUCCUCGCACUCUCCGGCCGGAUGCUGGAGCUGACGGCGCAGACGGACGAGGACGGCGUGCAGGGUAUGAAUAUCAUGGCCAGUUGGUAUGAUAUUCUGCUGGCGAUUCAGGUCCAGGCCGCGAUAGAACUGACAAUCUUCCACUCCUUCCCCGCCCCCCUGGCCCUCGCGCACCUAACCACCCUCGACCUAACCCUCGACGCGCGGCUCUCCCCCGGGUUGAAACCAGCGACGUACCACGCGUACCUCGCGAAACGCGACAUGUGCGCAAAAAGUAGGAUCGGGGUAUUGAGGGAGGAGUGGCCGGUGGGCAGGUUUGGAGAGGCGGUGUUGAGGUUUUUGGAGAUUGUGGCGGGGCAGGUCGGGAGGCCUUUGUUGGUUGUUGCGGGGGAGGGGGAAGGGGAAGGGGAAGGGGGAGAGGAGUCAGAGGAGGGCGAGAGAGAUGUCGGAGGGGUUUACUAGGCGUAGGCGAUACGACACAUAACGGGCGAUAUUGUAGUACAUAAGCAAAAGAAAACUGGCA